AUGCUGGCCGCGAGCGACCUCUUCUGGGCGGGCGCCACUCAGCUCGAGUCCCUGACGGUGCCCGCAGAUCUGCCGUCCGUCUUUGAGUGCGUCACCGCCCUCACCUCCCUCACCCUCACCGGGUUGGUCGCCGACUCUGGCGCCCACCCUGCCUGCUAUGCGGGUCUCGGCCGCCUAGCGCGCCUGACGCGGCUUGUUGCGGGGUCACUCAGCUGGCACGGCGACCCAGUAGGCGGCGGCCCAGCCCUUUGCUCUUGCCUGACACAUCUCUGGCUAGUUGAUGCCGGCGGCCACGGACUCGCUGGCGGCGGCGCAUCUGACGUUUUCGACGGUCUCCGCUGCCUGAAAUCCUUGAGCAUGUGCAAUAGCCGUUUGGACAUGUCCAAGGUUCCAGGGCUGUCACAGCUCACAGAGCUAAGCUUGUCCUUCGCGCCGUCUGCGGCUGACGGGGACGCAUGGCGGCUUCCCGGCAGCUUCUCUCGGCUGUCCGCCCUCGCCAGGCUUAACCUUGACCUAUUUGGCGGCGCCAGCAGUGGCGCCGCCGUCAACCCCUCUAACGCAACUGCGGCAAUCUCAUCGCUGUCAUCGCUGCCGGCGCUGCGGGACUUGUCCACCAACUGGACGCCCGGCAACCGGCGCGCCGUCCCGAUGCGCGAGCUGAACCUCGUGACGCAGAUCACGGCGCUGUCGCUAUCCUCGGCCGCUCUCGGGGAGGACCUCACAGUGGCCGAAGCGCUGCCGACUGCGCUGGCGGGGCUGAGGAGCCUGAGUGUGCAGAUCCACGGCGCGAGGCUCGUCGCCGCUCCCACAGACGCCGGCGGCACAUUGCAAGCAGGAGACGCGCCGCGCAGCGGCACGGGGCCUGCGGCCGCUGCGCAGGCAGCGGCGGCGCCGACUGCGUCGCUGGCGUCGCUCACGCGCCUCGAGGCUCACGUCGACUCGGGCGCCUGCGCGCUGCUGUCUCCACGGCUGCUGCCCUCAAGCCUCCGCGCCCUGUCGCUGUGCGCGGACGACAUUGUCGGCGAGGCCGCCGCCGCGGCGCUGCUGGCCGCGCGCGCGCCGCCGUCGCCGGCGCUGCGGCGGCUGGAGAGCCUCGAGCUGCGCAUGCUGCUGCCCGCCGGCGCGUGGCGUGUGCCGGCGUGGCUUCCCGCGCUGGCGGGCACACUGGAUUCUGUCCGGCUGCCCGGCAUCCUCGGGCAGCUGAAAAAGAGGCGGUCUCGCGUCCAAGGCGAGGUCGCGGCGCUGGAUGCUCUCGCGAGGAUGGGGGUGCGUGAGAUCAAGGUGGAGUUUGCGGUGCAGGACGCACUCGAGGCAGCAGCCGGUAGGCCCAUGCCCAGGAGCUCCUGGGUGCCGCCGCCGCCGCCGCCAGCGCCGCAGCAAUCGCUGGUUGCGCCGCUUGCUGCAGCCGACGAGGGCGCAGCCGGCGAGGGCGCCGCGGCGGUCGGCGCGGCGGCGCGCGCGUUCCUGCGAGACUGGGGCCACCUGUUGGUGCCUGUGAAUCUUCUGCAGUGA